AUGGGGUUGUCUACUCUUUAUGAGAAUGCUGCGGCGGGUUUUGGUUCUUUAUCUCUGACUUAUAAAGUUCUUUCUGCAAUUUUGGCAAUUGUUGUUUUGAACGUUGCUUUUGGUGGUCGAGGAAAGGGGUACAAGAAUUUGCCGGCGUACGCUCCGAUUGAACUUGCUAUUGCUAGCUAUAUCCUCAGUGGAGAUGGUAUCGGUCGAAGAAUCUUUUCAGCUAUAAGCCGUUAUGGAGGCUCUCUCUUUGGAAUCACUUCAGGACAUCAAAUCGCAGCAGACUUACCAGGCGUAGAGCGUCUUCUGUCUCAGUCACACCACAUCUUCGACUCUACGCCAGCACAGUAUUCACUCUUAAUACUUGUCUUUGGAUCUCCAGAUUCUCCUCAGCUGAGGGACAAAUUACAUACCUCUUUGAAAGAUCUUGUUCCUCCUCUGGAACGCACUUUUCUUAACGAUGCUGCUUCUACUGCUGCUGUUGAAAGAUCUCAUAUCGAGGAGCGCGGUGCAUCACUCGUUACCUUCUCUUCAGAUCGAGAGAAUAUGGCACGCUGGGAACUUUCAGCAGAUGUUAAGGUUCUUCAGCCAGAAAAACCAGGCAUUCCAGGAAAGGUCGAAGCAAAUUUGCAGAGCCUAACCCGCGAUUUCGGAGCCUGCAUGUCCAUCCCUCUCAUCUACGGCCAAGAUAUCCUCGACCGCCACCCUCAAAUUCUCGACGACUUUUGGGUUUUCGAUAACGAGCUUUUCCCCCUCCUCAUGGUUGGAAUUCCUCAGUGGGCACCAUUCAAAAUGAUGCAAGACGGUCUCAAAGCGAGAACCAGAAUCAUCGAUGCUUUAGAAGGCGUAUACAAACGCAUCGAGCAGGACCGAAAAGGAGAACCGAUCGAUUUCAACGCUGAUGUCUCAGAUGUCAGUACUAUGCUCCGGGAAAGAAACGCGAUUUACAAUAGAGAUGGCUGGACGCUUCGAGAACGUGCUGCUGCUGAUCUCGGAACCUUCUGGGGUCUGAAUGCUAAUGCUCAGCCUGUUCUUUUCUGGUUCUUACUUUACGUUUAUUCCACCCCUGGUUUGCUUGAGAGAAUUCGAGAAGAGAUUUCCCCUUACAUCAGACUUUCUGGUGGUGAAAACCCGGAAAUUGUCGGCAUGGACUUUCAAAGUUUGUUCAAAAAGUGUCAACUUUUCAAAGCUUGUAUUUUCGAAACAUAUCGCCUUGUCAACGAACCCACAUCGAUUCGACACGUUUCUAAAUCAGUCAGUAUCACCGACGGCGAUCGCCAGCACAAUCUCAACCAAGGAACAUAUAUAUCUGUGCCUCUUUCUCUCAAGAGCAGAGAUCCUGCCCUGUAUGAGGACCCAGACUCCUUCAUACCUGAUCGAUUCCUGGAUAUAGAUCCUCAGACAGGAAAGGGGACCGCACGAUAUGGAAAGCUGAAGCCUUGGGGUAUCGGAGCUGCUAUGUGCAAGGGACGUACUUUUGCUGAGAAGGAGAUUAUUUCUUUGGGGUCAGCUGUUGUUAGUCUUUGGGAUAUUGAGCCUGUUGAUGAGGUGUGGAAGUUGCCUGCUAUGAUUCCUGGGACUGGAAUUAAGAAGCCAGUCAAUGAUAUUCGGGUCAUUAUACAGCGAAGAAAUUUGUAA